AAUGUUUGUACUCCUCUUGUCAGGUCACUUCUUUACGUGGGAAUUGAUUAAAUUCUGAUUAGCCACGAUUUACUCAUCCACUGGAGCUAUAAAAGCCUCUAGCUCCCUGACAGAAGGUACCGUUAGGUCCAAGAACCCCAGGAGUUAAGGUUGGUCUUGCUCAUCUUCAGCCAUGAAAUUCUCCCUUGUUGCCGCUCUUGUCGUUGUGCUGUCUGUUGCCCAUGGCACUGAGGCCGGGUCACUGGUGAAGCGGGACAUCCAGUCUGAGGUGGACAGAAUCUCCAAGAUUGUCAAUGACAUGUCUGCCAGCAUCACCUCCACAACUCAGGACAUUGUGGAGAAGGUGAAGGCUCUUGAGGUGACCCACACUGGCCAGACUUACAUUGAGGACAGCAAGGCCCAGAUCCAGCCUCUGGUUAAGAAGGUCCAGGCUGAGGCUGCCAAGCUGCAGGAGCAGGUCCAGCCCCUCAUCGCCAACAUUGAGGAACAGAUCAAGCCCCUGACUGACAACUUCAACACUCAGGUCAAGCCUCUGACCGACAUGAUGGAGAAGAUCUUCCAGCAGGUGGUGGACAAGACCAAGUCCCUGCUCCCCUCCAAGUAAAGCUGGCUGUUGGUUUACUCCAGCUGCAUUAACGGCCAAGCUGGGCUAGAGGUCACUUUUGUUGCCACACAGAAUACUUCACUGGUGUUUGUCCAGCAUACUCCUCUCUCUCUAAAUCAUCUGAGACGUGAUGCUUGAAUGUCAUCAAUAAAGGGGUAUGGAAGUCAUCA